UGUAGAUGUCAUAGGUUGCAUUGAAGAGUAUAUAUACUGCCUAUGAUUCCUUUCAUCUCAGUUCUUCAUUAUCAUCAAUAACCAAACCAAUAAACACUACAAGUCAAACUAAUCAUCUACACUCUAUCGCAUACCUUACCAAGAAACUCUAAAAACUGUCAAACUCAAAGACAAUUUUCAACGAGUUAUCUCCACUUGAACUCAGCAAACUACUCAAUCAACAACUCAAAUCACCUCAAAAAUACAAAUACAAUCAAAAUGUGUCUUCCCUUCCGAAGAAGUCAGCCCCGCUACAGCUCUGGCGGUGGCGGAAUGAUGGGUGCUCGCCCAGUCAAGGAAGUUCACCACCAUCAUCACGGUGGAGGUCGCAUGGGCAUGGGAGGUGGCCGCAUGGGCGGCGGCGGCGGUAUGAUGGGAGGUAUGGGAGGUGGACGACGCAUGGGUGGAGGUAUGGGCGGCAUGAUGGGCGGUGGUAGAAGAAUGGGAGGACGACGAUGCUAAGGGCGGCAACGGGUUAUGAGACGGCCUGGAUGUCUAAAUGUUAGGAGAUGCAUUCUUGUAUUAUUAUGAAGCGAUGGUUCGGAUAAAUGAUUAAGAAACACCUUUUGAGCGAAACGAG